CUCUCUCUCUCUCUCUCUCCGUCCCUCCCCAUGUCUGACCGGGGUGUUCUCUCCCGGGAGGACGAUGAGUGCUCCCUGCUCUCUCGCCUGGGGUCAGACUCCCCCCGGCCGCGGGUCAAGUACGGGGGGAUGUUCUGCAGCGUGGAGGGGGCGUUCGAAAACAAGACGCUCAACUUUGAGUCCUUCAGCCCGGCCAGCCAGCGCAGAGUCCCCCCCACCCGGACCCCGCGCUGGGACCCCGACUACUGCAGCGACACCGCCUCCGCCUGCGGACCCCCCAACCUCUCCAGCAGCGCCCCGAGGAGAGAGCCGGCGUCGGGCUGCGACGCUCGUACGAGCCUCGUCAAGAAACAGCAAGGCGACCGCAUGAUCAUCAAAGGAGGAAAGAUCGUCAACGACGACCAGUCUUUCUACGGAGACAUUUACAUCGAGGAUGGAGUCAUCAAGCAGAUCGGAGAGAAGUUGAUCGUUCCCAGCGACGUGAGGACCGUGGACGCGUACGGCUUCAUCGUCAUCCCGGGAGGGCUGGAUGCUAACACCAGCCUCCACGCGCCCCAGGGGGGCAUGCACCCAGCGGACGACUUCUACCACGGGACUAAAGCGGCCCUGGCUGGAGGGACCACCAUGAUCAUCGACCACGUGCUCCCCGAGCCGGGGACUAGCUUAAUGGCCGCGUACGACCAGUGGAGGGAUGUGGCCGACAGCAGGGCGUGCUGCGACUACUCUCUGCACAUGGACAUCACGCGGUGGCAUGAAGGUCUCUACGAGGAGAUAGAGAGCCUGGUCAAGGACAAAGGGGUGAAUUCCUUCCUUCUCUUCAUGGGCUACAAAGACAAAUAUCAGAGCUCCGACUCUCAGAUCUAUGAGGCCUUCCAGGCCCUGAGAGAUCUGGGAGCCAUCGCCCAGGUCCACGCGGAGAACGGAGACAUCAUUAGUGAAGAGCAGAAGAAACUCCUGGAGCUGGGAAUUACUGGGCCUGAGGGACACGCCCUGUCCCACCCUGAUGAGGUGGAGUGCGAGGCGGUGUUCCGGGCGCUGACCAUCGCCAAGCAAGCCAACUGUCCACUCUACGUAACCAAGGUGAUGAGCAAGGCGGCGGCCGAUGUCAUCGCGAAAGCCAGGAAGAAGGGUAUGGUCGUGUAUGGGGAGCCAAUCGCAGCCGGCCUUGCCACCGACGGCAGCAACUAUUGGUCCAAAGACUGGGCCCACGCUGCAGCCUUUGUGAUGAGCCCGCCCCUCAACCCCGACCCUUCCACCCCGCAGUACCUCACCUCCCUGCUAGCCUGUGGGGAUCUUCAGGUGACGGCUAGCGCCCAUGCUAGCUUCUCUACCGCUCAGAAGGCGGUUGGGAAGGACGACUUCUCACUGAUCCCAGAGGGAACCAAUGGGGUGGAGGAGAGGAUGGCCAUUGUCUGGGAUGCAGCCGUGUCCACAGGGAAGAUGGAUGAAAAUGAGUUUGUUGCCGUGACGAGUACAAAUGCUGCUAAACUCUUCAAUAUCUACCCACGCAAAGGUCGUAUUGCUGUGGGCUCUGAUGCAGACAUUGUGAUCUGGAAUCCUAAAGAGCUGCAGACCUUUUCAGCUAAAACACACAAUCUGACCGUGGAGAUCAACGUCUUUGAGGGAAUGGAGGUGCGCGGUGGCCCCACCAUCGUCAUCAGCGGCGGACGGAUCGUUCUCGAGGACGGAAAACUCACCGUCGCCGAGGGAACCGGGCGCUUCGUUCCCAGGAAGGCUUUCCCUGACUUUGUCUACAAACGGAUCCGAGCUAGGAGCAAGAUGGCCGAGGCUCGCGGUGUACCCCGUGGGAACUAUGAUGGUCCAGUCCACGAUGUAACCAGCAUGACAAAAUCGGUCCCACCCACUCCUACCACUAGAGGUGCACCCUGCCCCAAAACAAUGAUCGCCCCCCGAAACCUCCACCAAUCAGGUUUCACUCUCGCAGGAACCCAAGUUGAUGACCACAUCCCUCGUCGCGCCACGCAGAGGAUCGUAGCGCCCCCCGGUGGGAGAUCCAACAUCACCACCUUGUCUUAAAACUUGAUUCAGUAAUCCUCUCUAUAGCAAGAUCCUCUUCUGAAUCCAUCGUUCUGAAACCAUGAAGCUCAACAUCCUUAAUUAACCACGCCUUUGAAAAUGUAUGCGCUCCCUGCUUAAUAACGCUGUAAUAACAGCCUGUCAACCCUAACCCUAAACACUGCCUUGCAAAGAAUACCUACCCCAUGCUUAAAAACACCCUGCUUACCGUAACCCCAAACCUAACCAUGACUUGCAAGACAUAUUGACAGAAAUCUCCUCAUUAACAUACCAUCACCACUGUUUAAUAACACCUUUAAUCCACAGCUAAAAGUACCUUAACUAGCUAAUCUAAAAUGACAUGCUGAUUACCUUUGCCUACAUUCAAAUGUCUGCGACUAGAUGAUUCCUCUAGAUUAUUGUGUAAUCACAGAGCCUGUCUCUUUCAGUUUAAUUUUCUUAGAAGGUUUCUUUGUCUUCAUCCCUUGCCACUGACAACUGGAAUUAACUAGCCCGUUAAGAAACAAACUAGCAAUAUUGUAAACAAACUAGUUCCUCCGGAAACUAACUAGUCACUCUAGAAACUAGCUAGACCUCUCAGAAACUAUCUACUUCGUUUAGAAACUAGCUAGACCUCUAAGAUACAAACUUGUCCCCUCAGAAAUGAACUAUGCCAUCCAGAAACAAACUAGCCCCUUUAGAAACUAGCUAGUCCUCUCAGAAACAAAAUAAUCCCCUCAGAAACAGACUACACAAACAAACUAGACUUCUCAGAAACUAACUAGUCCUCUCAGUCACUAACUAGGCCAUCAAGAAUCAAACCAAUUCCUCCUAAAACAAACUAGUCCCUCAAGAAACUAGCUAGUCCUCUCAGAAACGAUCUAGUCCCUCCAGAAACAAACUUUUCUGUAAUCUUAAUUAACUAGCGCUACAUGAAGUAGCAUUACCCAACUAUGACUAGCUUGUUGAGUUGAACUUAAUCACCACAUAGUGUUUGCCACAUAUUCCAUUCUGCUUGCCAUCUCGUUGGAGGAUCGAUAACGCUAGCUUUUAUUAACUAACUUGAACCAACUAGUCAAUGUCUCCCACCUGCGGUACCUCAACUAUACCAGCAGGUGGUACUGUUACACAGGCUCAGAACUGUUCCCAUGCCAGGAAUAUGUCAGGUAGCAUUUUUUAAUAAUUUUUACAUUUUAUAUACAAACAUUAAUGUGGUAUAUGCCUGACUAUAUAUUAUGGUUGUAUAACACCCCCCUCCUCUUCUUAGACUGUUUGUAAGGAAUCAUUUUAUAUUUAAUUUUUUUAUAUUUUUUACAUAGUUUUAUGAAUCCUAAGGCAUUUUGUAGCUGAAGUACAAUGUCACAGGUUUCGCCAUUUUACAUCAUGUCAACUAGGCUAUUGGCAAUGGUUUCAAACAUACUAUUCUCGCUGACUCUUUAGUAUGCUAGUAUGCAGUUCAGCAAGCAGCCAGAGUCCAGCUCUGAUCCAAGAUGGCUCUUCAACGGUUGGAUCGGCAGCCAAUCUGGGCUAGAGCCAUGGCUCCAACCUGGGUUAUAGUCAACUCCAUCCCAGGCCAGGCACCCUAGAGCCACCCAGUAGACGUCAGCCAUGUUGGAUCAGAACAACAUGGAGCCUGGGGCUACCCGAUCCUCAGGGACCAAUCUCAAAUUAAUUGUAUAGUUAACAAUUAUUGAAUGAAUAGUGAAUAGUGGGGAAUAGCCCCCGAGUCCGUAGGUCAAUGGGGCUAUUCACGAAGCCUGAGGGGUAUAAUAGUUUUAGUAGGCCUAUAUACUACACGUGAACACUCCAAAAAUAAACAAGAUAACGUUUUUUCCAGGAUUUAUUGUUUUUUCAGCGGUUUAUUUGGUUUCAUUAGCGUCACGAGAUGACGUCACACAAUAUCUUGAGUUUGAGAACUCAAUCAUGGGAUAUUGCCCAAUAUCCUAAGAUAGCGAACCAAUCAAAUUCCGCCAUUUUAGGAGGUUCACGUGUAGCAUAAUACUGGAUAUCUGCCAGUAGCUGCCGUGAGCGUUAUCUUUGGAAAGCUUUUCGUCCCAUGGAUCGGCCAGGUCAGGGGAUCGGGUGGCCACAGAGAUGACGUGUGACCCUCGGUUUGCUCUCUCUACUUCCUGUUUUGAAUGUAAGCCCACUUCCUGUUGUGAAUGUAAACGAAAUUCCUGUUGUGUGUGUGUGUGUGUAGAACCACUUCCAGUUGUGAUAACGAUAGCGCUGAAGUCCACUAAUAAACUUCGGGCAGAGACGCUGUCA